AUGUUGAAGCUCGAUAAUUCGGCAUUUUGGUGCCGACUGAGAGCCCGCACUCUGGAACGCCCUGGCUGGCUUACACGUUUCACUUGUGCGCCAAUGGAGUAUAAUGCGGUUAAUGCUAUCGAUGUUCUCAAAGGCGAGGCCUCCGAGAAGCACAACAAUUCCAUGACAAUUUACACAAUGAACGCCGAGACCCGCGAAAAUACUACUGCAGCUUUCUUGAAUACGACUGCAAGUUUCGGUGAAGACUGUCAGAAGCUCCAUGUAGUAUUCUCGUCGGAUACCUCGCGUUCCAUGAUGCUGAUCGAGGUCUUACCCUAA